UCUUGCCUUGACUGCUCUAGUGCACCCAUUGCCAUUUCGCAGACCUCGAGAUCUUCUUGGCCUCAUUCGUCAAACACCGUUGGUGUUGCUAAGCUCCAAUUUCCAGCUAUGAUCUAUUACGACGCAGCUCGGCUGUGGGGGGUGCUGCUGCGUUGGCACGGGUCUGCACUAAACGGUCAAGCACCGAUCCGAGCCCUCCACAUGGCUCUGGUUGCGCUGGUCGUCGCGCUUUUGGAUCACUACUACUUGUUCGUGGUGACGACGAGUAAGUCGAUAGCGUUCACGGAUUCGCUGACCGUGUUCAACACGUUCCUAGGUCUUGUCGUUUCGUUCCGGUUGAACUCGGCUUUUAACCAAUGGAGAUCAGGCAUGGUGGCAAUGGGGGCGCUCUCAGAGGCGGCGAGAGAUAUCGUCGGCUCUGGCUGUGCAUACGUGAGCACCACCGUCAAGGAAGAAGCGAAAGAAUACGCUAAUGACGAAGCUAAACAAGCUCAACCCAUGGAAGAACAAGCUGGUCAAAAGAGCGAAAAAUUUGACGACACCAAGCCGCAGCCCAUUUCGCGCGAUAUCUUGGAGAAAUGCACAUUUUUCACAGAGUUACGUCGUCUAGUGUUCCUGUACAUCGCCAUCGUGUUCCACGACUGUCGUGGCCGUGAUGAUGUUGACAAGUUGAAGGAUUUGGGUGUUCUGACCAAUGCUGAGUACGACGAAUUGUUUGCCAGUGGCUCUGAACACAAGAAGGAAGAGGAGAUCGAAUCAUACUGUGAUUUAGUGCGUCGAACUCCCCACAAACUUCGCGCUACUAUUACGGAACUUUGGCUCAAACGACUUGUACAAGUGGCAGCUCAAUGUGGUCAUUUGACACCAGGAAACGCCAGUAGCUUGCAAAGCAAGAUUUCUCAAUUACCCAACCUGUACACGACGGUUUUCCACAUCGCCAAUGUGCCAAUCCCAUUCAACUACAUGCAGUAUCUUCAGUUCCUGCUCGCUGCGUACAUGCUACUCUAUAUGUUCGUGAUCGUACCAAAUUCGGGAUUGUACACUCCGAUUUGGGUGUUCCUAUGGGGAACGUUCCUCUUUAUGGCCGACGAAAUCGCUAUGGAGAUUGAAUGUCCGUUUGGUCUGGACGCUAACGAUAUCGAUUUGGAGGAGAGAUUGCUACAGAUCGAGGAAGAACUGACGGUACUUGUCCGCAGUCAAUACUACUUCAUCACUGGUGGAUCAAGUCUCUGCUUUACCAACGGAUUGUGGUGCCAAGUGCCCAAUGCGGCGAAGGAAUCCAAGCCAGAAAUCACGAAAACGUUCUCGUUCCACCAAGGCAGAUUGUCUCCGUCGAAUAUUGCUACGGUGGAGAAACACAUGCUGCCAGAGAUCAAUGAGUUCACUGCACUGAUCAAAGAUUCCGCAAGACUCAAGAAGGCUGCAAAGAGCCGCUCGACUGGUAGCAGGGGGUACGGCUCGAUGUCUUCAGUACCGUAGCGAAUAAGCGGUCGUACAUGUCAACUACAGAUAAAUUUUUCUAAGCGUCGUAAGUGAUUACAUACAACUUGUACAUGUAGUUGGCAACUACUCAAGAAGGCUUUUACGAUUGCUUCGUAUUAUUUCUGUUGGGAUUGUGUGAUAAAAG